GUUUGGUGUUUACGUGGCGGCGUGCAGUGUGAUUGUUCUCUGUGUAAUUACGGCGGCGCGUGCUGGUCCGAGUGUAUAUCGAAGUGAGGGGGCGACAGUUGUAUGAACUUUAUACUUUAAAUAGAAGUCGCUUAUUACUCCGCUUCCACUAAACUCGAGACUAUAUCAGACUGAUUAUGUUCGCCGAGAAGUCGACUCCAAGACGUACAUGGAACUUUUAAAGUGAUCACGGACUGGGGUUAUAUAUUAUAUUAUAUAUGCGUAGGUUUUAUACAUAGAUAUAAAAAAAAACUUAGUUGGAUCACGAAUACACCACCAGGACAAUCCGGGACCGACAGACAGCGCCAGACUCCCGCCAACAAGACAGAACUUCGCCAUGGCGCGCGCUAUUGUGUUACUACUACUACAGAUCAUCUACCUAGCAUCAGUAUCAAGCACACAGCGCAGGUCGAUACCUGACACGACAUAUCUCCGCCUGGUGGAGGCGCUUUGUUCUGACGACGACGGACUCAUCAGGAAAAGUUGUUUACAAAAUGUUUCAAAAGGAACCUUUAUAGACGAUAUCUUUUCAAGAAUAUUCGAUCAAGGAUAUGGCGGAAAAAACAACAAGGGUGGACGACAUCAGGACGCGGAUAUUGGCCGGGCGGAAACGCUCUCUGUCAAGCGGGGAAGGGAAAGGACAUCGGGUUUCUAUAGCAACUGGUGACACUUCCGGUUGUUUGUCAUCAUGUGACAUUGACAAUGUGAUGUGGAAAUUAAUAUGUUUUUGAGAAUGCAAUAAACAUGAUUUGUAUAAAGCAAUGGCUGACUAGUCUAUUUAGGAUGCAACUACCCAACAUUACCACCGGUUAAGCAGAGAGCUAAUUGUGUAUUUUUUUAAUGUUAUUUUGUGCUAUCCUGUUUCUUCACUAGAAUUUUAGA